CGACGACCCCCCCAGACACUGGGGCGCGGCCGGCCUGGCGGUCGAUCGCGGUCUGGGGUCCCGGAGGGUGGGGGUCGGCAGGAACGCGGGGGUCCCCGUCCCCGCGCCCGGCGGCCAGGAUGAGGCGGGUUCCCCGGCCCAGCUCGGCGGCCCCCUCCCAUAAACCCAACCCGGCUUUCUUCAGCGACCACAGCAACAGCUCCGAAAGCGGCACGUCGGUGGACAGCGGGUCCCGGCGGAGCCGGUCCGGCGCCGCGGCCUGGAAACUCAGCCCGGACCAGCCCGGGCCCGCCGACGAGGCCUGCGCCUCCUUCGCCCACUGUCCCGACCCCCGCGGCCUCUCGGAGCAGACCCCAGGCGGCCCCAGCGCCCCGCUGCCCCCCAAAAACUUGGGCCAGCUGGGCCGGGCGGCGAGCGUCCUGCCCAGGGCGCUGGGCGAAGCGCUGUGCAGUGUCAGCAGGGCGGUGCGGUCCCUGCGCUUCGCCCUCACCGUCUUCACGCUGCUGGGCGUCGUCCUGGCAGCUGGAUACCUCGGGGUCCCCGACCGGCUCCCCGGGCCCGGACAGGAGGCGGACGAGUUCCUGACCCUGAGCCAAUACCACCGCGACGUGCGCGCCCACGGGCACCAGCUGAAGCUGCUCCGGGCCGAGCUGGCGCGGCUGCACGGCGAGGUCACGGCCCUGCGGGCGGCCAACACGCAGCAAGUGGCCAAGCUGGUGUUCCAGCGGCUGAACGAGGACGUGGUGAGGAAGCCGGACUUCGCCCUGAGCUCCGUGGGCGCCUCCAUUGACCUGGACAGGACGUCUCAGGACUACGAGGACGGAUUGGCCACCUAUUUCUGGAACCGCCUCAGCUUCUGGAACUACGCCAAGUCACCCAGCGUCAUCCUGGAGCCGGACGUGUUUCCCGGGAACUGCUGGGCCUUCCGGGGGGCCCGGGGCCACGUGGUCAUCCGCCUGCCGGGCCGCGUCCAGCUGAGCGACAUCACCCUGCAGCACCCCCCGCCCAGCGUGGCCCACAGGGGCAGCACGGCCAGCGCCCCGCGCGACUUCGUCGUCUACGGGCUGCUGCCGGGUGAUCACGAGGAGGUUUUCCUGGGAAGGUUCACCUUCGACGUGGAGAAAUCCGAGAUCCAGACCUUCCGCCUGCAGAACCGGCCUCCCGCGGCCUUCCCCAAGGUGAAGAUCCAGAUCCUCAGCAACUGGGGGCACCCGCGCUUCACCUGCCUGUACCGCGUGCGGGCGCACGGGACGCGGGUGGCGGAGGGCGAGGGCGACGGCGCGCCGGGCCCCGACCACUCGGCCGUGACCCCCGGGGGCCCGGCCGAGCAGGAGGCGGCGGGGCGGGCAGACGGCCCGCGGGGGUGAGAGCCCGGCCGCCCGCCGGCCCGGGAGCCGCGGGGAGCCUCAAUAAACCCGCUACGGUGUC